AUGUCUGCUGACUACUGGUCGUCAUCACAGCGAUUGAAGUGGCAACUUACUCGUGAAGGACUUUCCGAAUGCCGCCAGAAGCUCAUUCUCUUAGAGAAGAAGAUGAUUCAGAGUGGGUUAAUCAAAGACUUUCCUCAGAUCACCUACGACGUCAACAUGCGUAUCUACCUACAUACGCUUCUCGUGAAGUUGGGCCGACGCUUGAAUGUCCGACAGGUUGCAUUGGCCACCUCCGAGGUGUAUCUUACAAGGUUUCUUACCAGAGUGUCUUUAAAAGAGAUCAACGUCUACCUUUUGGUGACUACAUGUCUCUAUGUCUCGUGCAAGAUUGAAGAGUGUCCACAGCAUAUUCGGUUGAUUAUCUCAGAGGCCCGGAACCUUUGGCCUGAGUACAUUCCUCACGAUGUGACCAAACUUGCCGAGUUUGAAUUUUACUUGAUUGAAGAGAUGGAUAUGUAUCUAUUCUUGCACCAUCCGUACAAAUCGCUUAUCCAGCUUCGAGAUUUCCUACGGGAACGGCAGCUGCAUUUCGGCUUUGUCCUUUCCGACGAUGAGCUUCAACAUUCAUGGUCGCUCAUCAACGACAGCUACAUCACCGACCUCCACUUACUUUUCCCGCCACAUGUGAUUGCAUUAGCAGCCGUUUACAUUACCAUUGUGCUCAAAAAGAACUUAAACUCCAUUCGGAGCGGCACUGGCCUGAUCCCUGAACGCCAGGGUCUACAAGGUGACUCGUCUUCGAUGCAUAUUGACGAUCUUAUGACUAUCAGCAAUGGAGGCCGAGCAGACACUACUAUGGACCUCCAUAACCUGCAAAACAACUUUCUGGACCCACGUCUUGACGAAGAUACCGUGAAAAUCGAUUGUUUCAUGGAUUUCUUUAACUAUUCCCAUGUCAACUUGGACGAGGUGGUGGAAGCUAUGCAGGAAAUGAUAAACUUGUAUGUUGCCUGGGAUAGGUACAAUGAGAAUCUGGUCCGAAAAGCUCUACAGUAUAUGCUCUUAAGUCGAUAA